AUGGUUAACUUCGAGUACUCGGUCUCAGAUGCAAAACUGCAAUUAUAUCUCCAGACCACAUAUAAGGAUCAGAAUGUAAGUGAUGCUCAUAUUGCGACGGCUAUUGCAAGAAUCAAAGGUGAGACAGACGACUGGGAGGAAGAGAGCAUCGGCCCUAUCGAUUACGAUAGACUUCUAUUUGAAGUAUGGGCUAUAAUGGUCGAAAAAGGAGCGCCUGGAAUUAUGGGAGUGGGCGAGAAACUAAGAGAGAAGGCCAUUGAAUUCCCAGACCCGAGAUUGGAAGAGCUUACUAGAGUACUACCCUGGCUCUGGAAACAAGCUAGAGAUGAUUCUAGUAUGUGCCUUGAUAACUCUACUAGACCGGCUGUAGAGAGGUCACGGGCUUUGAAAAGAACGGCGAUCACCCGCUUUAUCACCGAGGAAGCUUUCAACUUCGAUAAUUUGUGCCGGGCUUUGGAGUUCGAUAUGGCGACGAUACCCCAUUUUUUCCCUACUGAACAAGAUCUCGAAGACGAACGGAGCUUUAAGGCUGAAGCAAUUUUCAAAGCCUACCAUCGGCUCCGAAAAAUCAUGAUGCAUUUUGAGAAAGAUAUAGGACGUCGUUUCCAGAAAAGAAAUGAACAAAAGCGUCGACGUAUCAUUCAAGAUGCAUGGAAUGACAGCGUCAUAUCAGAGGAACCAAAAGAGCGUCGGUUUUUGCCUAAGGAGCACUUCCCAAGUUUCCGGGCUUUUAGUAGUGAUGGACUUUGGGAAGGGAAACGGAAAAUAGAACAAGAUGAACUUUUUUAUACUUGGAUAUUGCCAAGUUGUAUCAAUCUUCAUGAUCUAGCAUCCAAAAAUCCAGCUGUCUUGCAAAUGCUUCUCCAUUCUCGAAGCCAUAAUGCCCCGGAUAUCUUUUACUUUCACGAUGUAUCACAGAUCAAAUUUGAAGAAGGAGACUUUUUGGGAGCAGGCGGACCUCCUAUGCCUUAUGAGACCAAUUUUGGCAUGGAAUUCUUCGGUCAUAAAACGCCUGAUAAAUAUGGGAGGCUGACCACAGUAGAAGACGUUCUCGUGAGUCGUCGGGGCCAUUGCUGUUCUUUUGGUAUGAUUUUAUUGGAUGCACAACGUCGGUUGUAUGAAUUUCUACUAUCAAUUUGUCUGAAAAUUACACAAAAAGACUUAGCGACUCUUGACGCCUUACCAGAGAAUCCAGCAACGCCAGUUGAAGUAGAUCCUGAGAGCACUGCGCAUGGUCCAGACGAUUUGCUUAGUUUUCGCUACCCCGGUCGAUGGGAAGAUAUUGAUGCUAUGAUUCCCGAGUUAAAGGCGAGACGAGAUGCCGCCGUGUCUCACCUCAAGGCAUUAAGAAACCAGCCAGAUUAUUUUGGAUCUUACAUGAUUGAGGAAUAUAAUCAUGUACCAGAGCAUUCAAGACUGCAGAAAGGAGGAUUUGCACCGGAGCGAGACACCGAAGAGCUUUUGAAACGAUCGGCUUUGAUGGUAGUUAGCGAUGCAUUCGGCAAACUGAUGUGCUGGGAUAAACUUCACGUAUUAUUCAUAGAAUUGAAAAAUGAGCUCAGGACAUUCCAGAUGAGCGGCAUCGAUAACAUUUCCGUGGAGGAUGGUUUACCAGAUGAACUGCGCAAGUCAAUUACCUUCUGUGACUCAUUUUUAAGUUGUCACUUCACGUUAUUCUAUAGAGAACUGUCCCGUCUCGCGACUUGCGCCCCAAAAUUUCGUCAUUUAGCCUGGAUUUACCCAUUUACGGGGCAUCAUGUGGAGCCGGUGCUGCCUCGAUAUCCAGAUUGGCGACCUGAAGGUGGUACGAAGUAUGGAAUUUGUUUCCGACGAGGGCAUUUCGGAGAAGGAACUCCUACAUCGAAAAUUACAAAGGCUUUGUUCUGGAGUCUAAAUCGAUUCCAGCUAAAUCGGUUUCAGACACAACCAGUGAUAGAAUUGGAGCGGGAUCUGUUGACAUCCGAGAACCAAGUCCUCAAUGAGCACUUAUCUCGGUAUAUUAUGGAGGGUUUAUCUGAUCUUGCAUUUGUCGCCGUAUUGCAAUUGCAGUUUACACGUUUCCAUCCCUGGACUUUUUUCUAUAAAUGGGGAUACGAACGUGAUGAGUCGAACCCGCGCAGACUGAAGCCAAAACCAAGUCAUCUAACGGCCAAGGGAAAUCCUAAAUCUGCGAUCAGGAACGAAAUACUGCUCAUAGGUAAAACAAUGAGCUCAGUUGCGCCACUAGCAGCAUGCUGCGAUGGUGCGGAAUUUGAUUAUCCCAUCCAUCGAUUUGCAGAUCACAACAGCAAAGAGCUCACAGAUACCCUUCAAACCGCCGAAAGGGCUUUGGACAACUUUUGGAAUGAGCUGUGCAGUGAAGAACAUAAAACCGUUAUUGAUCAAAUAACUGGUGGUAAUAGGCUCCCAAUUCCUGGGUUCUGGCCAGAACUGGAUGAAGAUCAAUUCCGUACUCCCGAUUGGGUAGAGCCACAGGCCAAAAAUGGCAGAAAUGGCAGAAAUGGCAGAAAUGGCAGCAAGCGAUCCCAUGAGACAAUGGAAGACCUUCCAAUUCGCACCCGGACAUCUCCAGAUGAGCCUGCAGAGAAGAAGGUUAAGACAAAAACCCGAGGUGUGCCUUCCCGCCCCACAGAACAAGAGAAUGAGCAGGAGGCCGAACCAGAAGAGGCAGAGCCCGUAAUGAUCACUUUGAAGACUCGAGAAUAUGAUCUUCUGGAACUUCUUUUCUGGGUACCAAGCCGACCAGUUGGUGCACGGGAACUGAGAUACACGGAAUUUCUUCGUUUUAUGACAGCUAUAGGGUUCACAACUCCAGCUAAUGGUAUGUCAACUGGUUCCGCCGUGCGCUUUGAUCCACCUGAAGAGCUCGCAAGACAUGGAAGCAUCGUAAUUCAUGCACCUCAUCCUGAGAUCUUCUACAGUUUUGGAACUGCUCGGAACAUAGGGAACAGAUUGAAGAAUCAUUAUGGCUUGAGCAGAGAGAGUUUUAAACUUGAUGAAAGGAACACUUGA